CUGAUAAUUGUGUUGACCUGGGUGUCGAAGAACAACGAAAGAUAUCGUCUCAAGAGAGCGUAGAAGGAUGCAAAAAGUUGGAAAGUCUUGAAGUAUUCGAUGAACUACUGGGAGAAGGCGAAUUUGGAAUCGUCUACAAAGGUAGGUAUGGUGGGAAAGAUGGAAACAUGACAGACUUAGCUGUUAAAAAGCUAAAAGACCAUAGUGCCAUUGCCACAGAAACCCUGUCUGAUGAGAAAAAGACCUUGAAGCAUGUUGGGAAACAUCCCAAUAUUGUUACUUUGAUUGGUACGCGGAUAGAGGGAGGAAAUGUUCUUGUGGUCACCGAAUUGAUUCAUGGUGGCAGUCUGGAAAAUAUUUUAAAGGCCAAGAGGGCUCCAGGGGAAAAAAAAAAUUAUCAUAACGUCUUCUGUAAGCUUAAUGACCGGCAGCUGGUUACAAUUGCAUUUCAAACUGCCGCGAGAAUGCAGCACUUAGAAGAGAGAAAG